AUGCCGUCCGCAACCGCCCCCACGAAAACCGCCAAACCAGACGGGCCACGGUGUGUGCCGUUGUCAGACACCGAUCUCAAGAAGGGCUCCUACUCGGUGCCUGCUCUUCAAAUGGCGUUGGAGGGAUUGCAUCAGGAUGGAAUGGUGGUUCUGAAAAACCUGGUCGACCCGGAACACUGCGAUCGCUUGCAUCAGCAUAUGAGCGGCGAUCGCGACCGGAUCUUGAGAGAGCGACAUGCAGGCGCAAAGGUGUACAACCAAGGUGUCAAAUCCAAUAUCUUGCAGGCACCUCCCUUCACCAAGCCGGAGCUCCUCUUCGACGAUCUCUACUUCAACCCUUUCGUGGUCCAAGUCAUGAACGCCUACCUGGGAGCAAACCCCAAAUGGAUCAUGACGACGGGAAACAACGCUCUGGCCGGGACUGGGGGCCUUCGCCAGCCAGUGCACAAGGAUACACGCUUCCGCCACCCCAAAUGCCCGUUCGUGAUCGUCGCCAACACGGCCUUGAACGAUUUCACGUUGGAGAACGGGGCGACCGAGUUCUGGCUGGGGUCGCAUGCCUUUUCCGACGAAAGGGACCAGACUGUGGCCACGCCCGAGACGGUCUUUCAGACGCAAAAGGUCGGCACGCCGGCGUGUCCAGUGCGGGAAGAGGCCGUCGAGGCCCGAAGGGCGGUGCGGCCCCCUGUCCGCGCAAUCAUGGCCAAAGGCGACGUGAUGCUCCGAGACUUCCGCACCUGGCACGCCGGAAUGCCCAAUGCAACCGAUGAGGAUCGAAUCAUGGUCGCCCAAAUCUGGAUGGCUCCGUGGUAUCCCAACUAUGUCACCCGACUCAAGCUGCCUUUAUCCCAGAUCGACUUCUUCCAGGGCCGCGCCAACAAUAUGCCCAUGGAAAUCAUGGCAGACUACAUCAGUGACGAGGCGGUCGAGUUUGACCAACAUCGCGACGACUUCGGCAUGGACCCGACUCACUACCUCGACUACUACGACGUAGCUCCUCAGAACUAUAGAUAUGACUGA